AUGGCAAACCUUCCUAGUAGUUUUGCUAGCUACUCUCUGAGGUUGAUCUACUUCUAUUGCUCUCACAAGUGUGAAACAAGUUCUGGUUCUCUGAGGUUCAGAUUGUCUCAGCAAUCGAAUGAUGAAUCUCCCGUUUCAGACUCAGUAACACCGGAAGAGUCCUCUAACCCUAAUAGGGUCCUUAAGGUUGUCCCUUUAAGGACGAUUAGCAGUGACGAAGUAAAGGCCACAAAGCCUAAAACGACUCAUGCAAAACGACCCAAUGAGGGUAUCCACAACAAGGGUAGAAAAUCCUCAACAUCUGCUACCAUGGAGGAACUUACUAAAGAAGGAUCCAAAUAUGUCGAUAGCGCAAUUACCAGGAUUGUUACUCGUAUUUUGAAGGAGAAUCAUCAAGUGCCUGGAAUAUCUAUUCCUCUUCAAACCAUAAUGGCUGAUCCCCUCAAUAACACCAGUAAGGAUGAGGAUGUUCAUACCGUUAGUGACCUAGAAAUCAACAAGGAUGAACAAGGGGUUACUAAGAAUACCAAUGUCACCAAGGAUGUCAAUGACAUUGACAAUAAUGAGCACCCUAAGGCCAAUACUGAAACUGAUACUAAUGUGGUAGACUUAGAUGAUUACUCUGACGACGAAUUACUUACCUCCUUGAAUCCGAGUGUAGCCAACAUGCUAAUGACAAGAAGAAAAGGUCCUGUCAAGAGCAAAACUGUUACCAAGAGUAAAGGGGUUGGUCCUUCAAAAUCUUGGAGCAGGGUCAUUCCAAAGAAAAGAAAAGAGCGGGAAAUUGUUGAACCUGAAUUUGAUGUUGAAGUAAAUGUCCCUGACAUUCCAUCAAGGGAGAAGUCUACAACCAGUAAGCUUGCUGCUAGCAUCCCUGAAGUUCCCAUUGAUAAUGUGUCUUUCCACUAUGCCUCUAGUGUCAGCAGAUGGAAAUAUGUUCUCCAAAAGAGAUUGGCUGUUGAAAGGGAAUUGGCUCCAAAUGCUCUUGAAAACAAGGAGGUCUUAGAGCUGAUUCAAGAAGCUGGACUGCUAAAAACUGUGUGCAAUCUUCCCAAAUGUUAUGAGAAGCUUGUCAAAGAAUUUGUGGUAAACCUAUCUGAAGACUGUGGCAAUAGAAGAAGUGCAGACUACAGAAAGGUGUUUGUAAAAGGUAAGUGUGUAUCGUUCUCUCCUUCUGUGAUUAAUAAAUUCUUGGGAAGAAUAGAUGAAACUCAAAUCGAGCUGGAAGUAACAGACAACCAAGUCUGUCUAGUGAUCACAUCCAAGCAGGUAAAAAGCUGGCCCAUGAAAGAGAAGGUAACUGCAAGUAAGCUGAGCAUCAAGUAUGCAAUGCUUCACAAAAUAGGAGCAGCUAAUUGGGUUCCAACAAAUCACAAGUCCACUAUCUCAACUGUGCUUGGUAGAUUUCUAUAUGCUAUAGGAACAAAGGCAAAGUUUGAUUAUGGAGCAUAUAUUUUUGACCAAACCAUGAAGCAUGCUGGAAGCUUCAAUAUUAAGGGUCCAAUCGCAUUUCCAUCCCUCUUGAGUGGUAUAAUUCUGGAUCAAAUAUUCAAACAUUACAAACUGUUUCAUUGCAAACUGUUUCAAGGAAAGCAUGUUCCAGACAUUGUCAUGACAUCAGCUGAAACUUCCAAAUCUGGAGCAUCAGUCAGAAAAGAAGAAGUCAUAGCAAUACUAAAAGAGACUUGCAAAGAACUGGAAUCUAGAAAAAUGUCUCUUGAACAAAUGAUACGUACUCUGGAAAUGGAUGAGAAUGAGAAAGAUGAUCAAGAAUUGGAAGAAGAGAGUGCUAGUCCCGGUGAUGACUCUGAGAAAGAAAGUUCUUCAGACACCUCAGCUGGAUCUGACUCUGAGCAGUAA